AUGGAUUUCCUGAAGCUCCUGGCCCUCUACCACCACACUAUUGUAGCAAUCAUCCUCAACAUGCUGGCCCUCUGCCUUUCUACCACAUCCUUCCUUAGCAGCUACUGGUGUGUGGGCACACAGAAAGUGCCCAAGCCCUUGUGUGGGAAGACUAUGGCCUCCAAGUGUAUUGGCAUGUCAGUGCCCUUGGAUGGGGGUAGCAGCAACACAUCAAGCCAGGAGGUGGUAAACUACAGCUGGGAGACAGGAGAUGACCGCUUCUCCUUUCGCUAUUUUCAUGCUGGCAUGUGGCUCUCUUGUGAGGAAAAUGUGGAAAGCCCAGGAGAGAAGUGCCGCAGUUUCAUUGAACUCACACCACCAGUAGAAAGAGGAAUACUUUGGUUAUCCCUGGGGUCAGAGAUUGUCUACAUCAGUCUUUUAUCCAUCAGUCUCCUCCUACUGCUACUGGAAUUGUUCUUUCCUGGGAACCCUGGCUGUGGACUUAAGCUUAACGCCUUUGCUGCUAUGUCUUCGGUCUUGUCAGGCCUUUUGGGGAUGGUGGCACACAUGAUGUACACCCAAGUUUUCCAGGCAACUGUCAACUUGGGACCAGAAGACUGGAGGCCACAUACUUGGGAUUAUGGCUGGGCUUUCUACAUGGCCUGGGUCUCUUUCACCUGUUGCAUGAUCUCAGCCGUCACAACCCUCAACACCUACACUAAGAUGGUACUGGAAUUCAAAUGUAGCCAUUACAAAUCCUUCAAAGAGAACCUGAGCCACUCACCGUCGCUACACUACCAAUGCCUUCUGCUACAGCAGCAGCAGCGGCGGCGACCACAGCAGCAGCAGUCACUGACUCCAACCCAUUCCAGGGAUCAACUGAGCAGCUACCACCAGGACCAAAACCAGUCUGUCCAUUCGGCCUCUGUAGGGGUUGACUUUUGCUCAGAGCUACAGGAGAAGGUGCUUUCACAAGAGCCUAGGACGGAACUAAGUGAAGUGCUUGAAUCUUUAGUUGAGGAUGAGCAAUGUUAGGCCUG